AUGGCAAGAUCUGAACAAGAGGUGGAUUGGCAAUCGACGAAGAAGACGGUGUUAGAACGAAGUCGUCAUAUGUUUAAUAAUUCGUUCAUGAGCGAUGUCGCGUUCAGUUGUGAAGGCUCAGACAAGAAAUUCUCCGCACAUAAAUAUGUCCUCGCCACAAGUAGUGCUGUAUUUUAUGCGAUGUUUUACGGCGAGCUGGCGGAGAAGAAUUCAGUUGUUCAUCUGAGCGAUACUGACGAGGAAAGUCUGCAGGAAUUUCUACAAUUUCUUUACACAGACGAGUGUAACUUGACAACAGAUACUGCCGUGUUUGUAUUGUACUUGGCCAAGAAGUAUAUCGUGCCCUUUCUCGCUCAGAAAUGUGUUGAAUUUCUUGAAGCCAACCUCGCAGUAGAAAAUGUUUCCACCGUCUUGCAACAAGCACUUCAAUUUGACGAAAAAAAGCUUGAGGAGAAAUGCUUGGAACUGAUAGAUUUGAAAACAAGCGAAGCUGUCGCUUCUGAUGCAUUUACUGGUGUUAAUGAAGCGACAUUAGCGCAUAUAUUGAAGCGAGAUUCGUUGAACGUCAAAGAGGUUGAUCUUUUCAAAGCAGUUUUAAAAUGGAGCGAAGCAGAAUGCUCAAGGAAGGCAAUAGAAGCAAAUGCAAAGAACAAACGAACCACCAUGGGAAAUGCUAUCUAUCAGAUUCGUUUUGCUUCUAUGACCCUUCAAGAUUUUGGUCAGAAUGUUUCCCAGUCCGGCAUACUUACACUAGAAGAAAUGGUUUUAUUCUAUGAGAAAUUUAGCGGAGUAGAAAGAACGUCCGAAGUAUGGAAUAUGUCAGAAACAAGAGCAAAAGAAGAUAUCUUACUAAGAUGUUGCAGAUUUGAUAGCUAUGGAGUUAUGUUGUGCAACACAGUGAGCACUUGGGAGAACGCACUAGGUAUAUCAUUUAGUAAGCCAGUGAAAUUUCACGGUGUUCGCUUGCUAGGCAUCGAAGGGGAUGAACAUAACGUGAAGUUAGAGGUUUGGUCUUGGAUAAUUGAAAAGAAAUUUCAUUCAGAACAGGAUAAUCGUGGCAUAUCUGGGUUUGAUGUCAUGUUACCCGUGCCAAUAAAGGUUGAAGCUAAUGUCCCUGUUCAUCUGAAAGCCUCCAUAACAGGCCGUCAUUACUCUUUCUGGGAAUCGCGUGUGAGAAAGACAGUAGAAACAAGUGGUAUUACUGUGAAUUUUGAAACCAAGAAAAAUAAUCAAUUUGAUGAAAUUAUAUUCAGUGAAAUGUAA